UCAGUGUUAAUCUUCUUACGAACAACGCUGUCCUUGAAUUCGAUAAAUCAAAGACCUCCAUUGAACAAAUCAGGACGUCGAUAUGUAACAUCGGAUACGAAGUGAAGGACGUUAACAUCGAAGAGCAAAUUAUAAGGACAAGUGCAAAUGACAGCGCGAUUAAUGUAGUUUCCACCAUUAACGAAGCCAAAAACACAAUCAUCACAAACCUGUCAAUAAAUGGAAUGACAUGCGCAUCUUGUGUGAACACCAUUCAACAAAUGGUCGAGUCUCUGCCCGGAGUGGAGCAGACGAGCGUUAAUUUACUCACUGCCGAAGCUUCCAUAAAACAUGAUUUAAAUCAAAUAGGAACGCGUGAUGUCAUGAAAGUAAUAGAAGAGAUAGGAUUCGAACCUCGCCUAUUAAAAAAGAAUAUCCUCGACCAAGGCGAAAAUAACUUGCGAAAACGUUCCGAAAGGGAACAAAAGAAACUUAAGAAACGAUUCCUUUUUUCCUUACUUUUUGCCGUACCAACUUUCAUUAUUGCUAUGAUUUUUAUGCUUGCCUUACCAAGCACAAACAAGAUCCGCAUGGCAUUCGAAUAUCAAUUGACUCCGGGUCUUGAAGUCUCUACCCUAAUACUUUUUAUUCUUUCCACACCUGUACAAUUUAUACUUGGCUAUCCAUUUUACGUCAAAGGAAUUCGUUCUGUGUGGUAUUCGCGUCAAGCAAAUAUGGACACACUCGUUGCUGUCGGAACUACAGUAACAUACUUCGGAUCCUUAUUUAAUGUCCUAAUACCGAUCGCUGAGAGGAGAAGCGAAUCGAGUAAUCAGUUCUUUGAAACCAGCGUGUUUCUCAUUACUUUUGUUUGGCUGGGAAGAUGGAUGGAGGCAAAGGCCAAGGGAAAAACUUUUGAAACCAUCACGAAAUUGAUGGAAUUGCAACCGGAAAAAACCACGCUUAUCACUAUUAAUUAUGAUUCCAAAGGACGUGAGUUUCUUGAUGAGAAGGAAAUUGACCUAGAACUCAUUCAAGUUGGUGAUAUUCUUAAAGUCAAUCCUGGUUCACGAAUACCAUGUGACGGGGAAAUAUUUCGCGGGACGACAUCCUUGGAUGAAUCCAUGUUGACCGGUGAAUCGAUCCCCGUAAUUAAAUCUGUAGGCGAUGGUGUUAUCACAGCAACUGUAAAUUUGACAUCAAUGAUUUUAAUGAAAGCCACACGCGUCGGUUUAGAUACAACUCUUUCUCGAAUCAUCGAUCUUGUUCAACAAGCUCAGUCGAGCAAAAAGGCACCAAUUGAAUCUCUGGCUGACAGAAUUGCACAAAUUUUUGUCCCUGUAGUGAUUACUCUCGCUAUCGUUGAUUUCAUCGUGUGGGUCUUGCUGGGUGCUACAGGAAAAAUUCCGGUUGCUUGGUUACCUUCCAAUGAAAACUAUGUGAUUUUCUCUCUCUUCUUUGCUAUUUCAGUUAUGGUUAUUGCUUGUCCCUGUGCUAUGGGUCUCGCUUCACCUACCGCUAUCAUGGUUGGUACCGGUGUAGCCGCUCGCUAUGGUAUUUUAAUCAAGGGAGGUGGUGAGGCAAUAGAAAAAGCCUUUCAACUCAACACCAUUGUUUUUGACAAAACUGGCACUUUGACUUACGGAAAGCCUCGAGUUAUCGACACCCGAAUCUUGUAUGAAAAGUCAAUUUCCGAUGAACGUAGCGGACUACUCUUGCAAAUUAUUGGAACUGUAGAAUCUUCCAGCAAUCAUCCUUUGGCAAAAGCAGUAUCCCAGUAUGUAAACGAAUGUUUGUCCGAGGAAAAACAUAGUUAUCAUGUAACUAUUGAUUCUGUCACCGAGACCCCAGGAAGAGGCCUUCAUGCUACUGUAACAAUCAAUCACAAUAUACCACAUAAUCUCUUGUCAACUGAAACUACCAAUAGUAUUUCCAAUAUUUCAUCUUACAAUGUUUUCAUUGGUAACGAACGAUGGUUAAACGAGAGCGGCUGCGUUUAUCCAUCACAUCUUACUCACGAACAGGUAGAAGUCUCACUUCGAGAAUGGCAGAAUUCAGGACAUUCGAUAGUUCUUGUCGGACUAUCCGCAAAUUCAAAAAACGAUGAACUAAAGCAAGAGAACUCUGGGUAUAUUUUGGCUCAAUUGGGAAUUGCGGAUAUGCCAAGACCAGAAGCGUUGAAAACCAUCAGUGCAUUAAAGUCGUUGGGAAUUGAAGUUUGGAUGAUGACAGGAGAUCACCUGAUCACGGCAAAGUCCAUAGCAAAACAACUUGGAAUUGAAAAUGUUCUCGCAGAAGUCACCCCAGAAAUGAAAGCUGAUAAAAUUAAAUGGCUACAACGAAGGGGACAUGAAAUUCAUCAGAAUAACAAAUUUUUAAGGUCCUUUACUUGUCGACGUGACACCGCCGCGAAACAAAUACAAAGACCAAUUGUCGCCAUGAUAGGAGACGGAAUAAACGAUUCCCCGGCAUUGGCACAAGCCGAUUUGUCAAUUUCAAUUGCGAGCGCAACGGAUGUCGCGAUAGAAUCAGCUUCG